UUGUUUACUUCCUGUCAAAACGAAAUUAGAUUGUGUCAAUGACGACAUAGGUUUAAAGUCCAAAAUAUUUAUUGUUGUUGAACAUCAGCCGAGCGAUUUCUAUCCAAACAGAAUCUUGAUGUUAUAUGUAACCAUGUGACACUUGAAACAUUCACUGUAUCAAUAAGUGCCAUUAAUCAUCAUCCUGCAAAAUGUACAUCUAUCACGAAUUCGUUUCAUUAUUGACAAUAUCAGUUGUCUUUGUUUUGCUGCUUGUGUUUGUAGAAGGAAAUGAAAUUGAAGAAAGUUCAUCAAAUCACAGAUGUAAUAAAGUCAAGAGGACAGAAAAAAUUGCUCAAAUGUAUGAAAGUGGACCAUGUGUUCAAGCUUAUAAGGCCCGUUGUGGAUGGUUCAGUUUAGAUCUGUGUACUUUUUACAAAAAAGAAAUUUGUGAUAAAAAUAGCAACAGAACACAGUAUUACUAUUCCACUGUGAGUGUAUGUUGUGAUGACUAUAUUGAGGCUCCCAAUGGAACCUGCAUAAGUGUAAAAUCAGCUGAUCCUAUAUGGGUUUUAGACAAAGAAAAUAAAACAGAUGUAGUUUAUGUAAAUAUUGAAGAUAUACCAACAACAACAACACGUGCCAAUCGUCAAGCUCAGAAAGGUCAACAAAUAGUACAUUCUAAGGAGGAAGAAUCAGUUCUAUCUAAAGGAGCAAUAGCAGGUGCUGGCUGUGCAGUUGUUUUCUUGAUAAUUGUGAUAGCCUUUACAGUCAUAGGCAUACGUAAAAGGAGAUUAAGAAGACCCAAAAAGAAGCCAGAAUCAGAUAAUGAAGGAGAAACCAUGCUGACAAGUUCAACGUGAUAAUAAAGAAAUAGUUACUAGUUUUAUCUGCAGAGACUUUAUAGAGAAGCACAUCAGGGAUUAAACAGCAAGCAAUUUCAUAUAUG